AUGGUCCUUUUCAACAACCGCUGGCCUGACUUUAUCUACAAAUGGCAACAAUCGGAAGCACGCCGUGGGCUGAAAUGCACCAAGACGGGGACGAGCUCAGCACAAGAAGGCGAGUCUCACUUUACAGGAGGCGAGGCUUGCGACAACAGCGACCAUCGAGGCCGUGCGACAUUUACAGAAUUCUGGAAGUUGAAGUCCCUGGGUUUCUAUAAAAGUCAAGUCCCUGAUGUGUUUGACUCUUCAACCAUAGACAAAUCUGAAGUAGGGAGGCCUACAGAAGAGUUCAUGGGAGUGGUGGCAGAAGCACAGACAAAAACCAACAUGUUCAGGGCUAGCCUCGUUUUCGGUGGUGAGGAUCUAGCUGAGCCAGAAAAACGAAAGGAAUUUCUGAGACAGCACUUGGUUGUUAUGAGUUGGGGGACCUGGUCAGAUCAUAAAUUUAACAUCACCAUCGCCAUUUCUACGGAUUAUGACCCCAAGUUGCACCUGAUUAUGAACGUCUUGCAAGAGUUGCAACCUAGUGUUAAAGUUAGAAUUAUUCUGCUGAGGUUCGGCGAGUCGCAGGAAGCUAUCUCUGGAGUUUCCGAAGACAUUAUUCCGUCAGUUCACCAACUUCGUGGUAUACAAGCAGCUCUUACCAAAGGAUGCAGACAACCAUGCGGUCACAGAGAUCCUUGA